CCGGCUGGUGGGCGUGGCUUGAGGCUCCAGUUGCCAGUGCAGGAAGUGACCUUCUCCAGGAGUUACACUCACAGCACGCUCACUCACUCACCUACCUGACUGAGUGGGCACUCAGCUGGGCUCCCAUGCAGUGUCACACUCAGUGCACUACACCAUACACAUACAUUAAAUCAUGGCUGGCACAAUGAUAGUCGCUGGCUUAACCAUAGCAGCUGCUGGAUUUGCAGGACGGUAUGUCUUUCAAGCCAUGAAACACCUAGAGCCUCAGGUGAAGCAAGCUUUUCAGACCCUGCCUAAGUCGGCUUUCGCUGGUUAUUACAAAGGAGGAUUUGAACCCAAAAUGAACAAAAGGGAAGCAGCAUUGGUCUUAGGAGUUAGCCCGACAGCCAAUAAGACGAAGAUUAGCGAAGCUCAUAGAAGGAUUAUGUUGUUAAACCAUCCAGAUAAAGGUGGAUCCCCAUACUUGGCAGCCAAGAUUAAUGAAGCCAAAGACUUACUGGACGCUCAGUCAAGAAAAUAAAGUUAUUGAUCAUCAUUACCUCAAACUAAUACUGCUUUAAAGGAAUGGGAGGGACAAUAAAACAAUGUGAAAUCACUA